AUGAAGCAAACAGAACCCCAAUCUAGCUCUGGCACUCAAUCCCAAACGCAAACGCAAACGCAAACGCAACCUCAAUCUCAAUCUCAAAGCCAAACAGAAGCUGGAUCACAACCACCCCUAAAUUUACAAUCCCUCCCACCAAUCUUCGUCCUCCCAACACAUCUAUCCCUCGACGCUCUCCACCAGAUCGAAGAUCACUUGGUGCGCGGCGCCGCUCAUCUAACGUAUGACAUCUCCGAGGCGGGCGUCGUCCUCGGACGACUGAGUCAUAGCAAGAGGGUGGCGUUGGAGUUGAGGGCUAGGGGGGUAUGGACUGAGGAGGUGCCUGCUUCCCAUUCAUCUGUUUCACCUGCUGGGAGAUGGAAAGGGGAAGAGCCGCCGGCGAAAAGGGCCAGAGUUUCUGAGGGAGCUAGGAUCGAUGGGCUGAGUCGGGAUGAUACGCCUAAUAUGACCGGUCCUUCCAACGAGGCGAUUGAUUUGGACACUGAGACCGAGAGCGAAGAAGACGGGAUGGAAGGGCAUCGGGGUGAGAAGCAUCUGCAGAGACCGGAACUUGUGUCGGCCGUUCCUUCCAAGGAAACGGCAAGGGCCGAACCCAACGUCAUUCAAGUCGUGAAACUAAGCUGGCUCGAUGAAUGCAUCGCCGCCAACUCCCUCCUCCCGAUAGAUUCAUACCUACUAUAUAAAGCUCGCAAGGUCGCUCGUCCAGCAGGAGCAGAAGCAAGGUCACCACCAAUCACCAAACCAACCAGCAUCCUCCAACGAGUGCGUCAAGACGCCUCUACGCCUUCUUCCCAUCCACCACCUCCACCGAAACUCCACCGCACCACCACCUCCGAAGCCGAAGAAGAUAACAAAACCUCUCUCCCACCACCCCCAGACUGGGUCGUCAACCGCCUCCCAUACGCCUGCCAACGGCGCAGCCCCCUCCACCCCCCAAACGAAGCCUUUAUCCAACAACUUCUCAAGAUCCGCCAAAUUCGCCAACUCACACUCGACGAGAUCGGCGUACGCGCCUACAGCACCUCCAUCGCCGCUAUAGCAGCGUAUCCCUACAAGUUCCGCCGCGCGUCAGAAAUCCUAUCCCUACCUGGUUGCGACGCCAAGAUCGCGCACCUCUUCUCCGAAUAUCAAUCUAGCCCAAAUGGCUCCCUCGAAGCAGCCUCUCAACUCGACAAAGACCCCACCCUGCGCACUCUCCACACCUUCAAUCAGAUCUGGGGCGUGGGCGCCAAAACCGCCCGUGAAUUCUACUAUACCCGCCAGUGGCGCGAUCUCGACGACAUAAUCCUGCACGGCUGGGCGGGCCUGUCCCGCGUACAACAGAUCGGGGUGAAAUACUACGACGAGUUCCUCCGGGGCAUGUCCCGCUCACAGGUCGAGACCAUCGCAUCCACCGUCCAGCGCCAUGCACAUAAAAUGCGUCCGCACGCGCAUUACGACGGCGUCGGCGUCGAAUGCAUCAUCGUGGGCGGGUACCGUCGUGGCAAGGAAACAUGCGGCGAUGUCGAUGUCAUUCUUACGCAUCGGGAUGAGUCCGUUACGCAGGAUUUGAUCGUGGAUGUGGUUGGUAGUCUGGAAUCCGAGCAUUAUAUCACUCACACCUUGCAUUUGAAUCUUUCUACCUCGGACCGCGAUCAGCAGUCCUUGCCUUAUCGAGGGGAUGCCAUUGAAGGAGCUCGCCACUUUGACAGUCUGGAUAAAGCUUUGGUGGUUUGGCAGGAUCCUCUCCCUACUAGCCCCACUGAGUCACCCACAAAGGACAGAAAGAAAAAUACCAACACUCACCAUCGCGUCGACAUCAUCGUCUCUCACUGGCGUAGCAUCGGAUGCGCCGUCCUCGGCUGGACCGGCGAUACGACCUUCGAGCGCGAUCUACGUCGUAUCGCCAAGAAACGGCACAACUGGAAGUUCGAUUCCAGCGGGGUUCGCGAGCGCGAUGGAAAAGGGAGAGUUCUAGACCUAGAGGCUAAGGGCAGGACAUGGGAGGAGAGAGAGAAAUUGGCUUUUGAGGGUAUCGUGGGGAGUGGGAUGUGGAUUGGACCGGAGGGGAGGUGUUCCUUUUGA